CAGGUUUGUACAUUGAGCCUUCGCCUGCGAUAUACUAUGCCACUCAAGGUCACUAUCGCCACCAAACGUGAAGACAAGCAGCUCGCGUACGACCUGCGACUGCGUGUAUUUUGCGAUGAAGAGGGACACACCCCUAGCCUGCAAGUCGACGGACAUGACGAUGAAGACUCCACCAUCCACUUUAUUGGAGUGGACACUGACAACCAGGACAAAGUCAUCGCCGUCGCGCGCUGCAUGGUGGAUGAAAGGAACCGUCAAGCUCGCAUUGGGCGUGUAGCCCUGCUACCGCAAUGCCGAGGUAAGGGAUACGGCAAGGUCCUGAUGGAUGUGGUGGAGGAGACUGUCCAAGACCGAGUGGAGUCGUUCAUUCUGCUUGCGCAACUGAGCAAGCAAGGGUUCUACGAGAAGUGCGGCUACCGCCGCAAGGACGACGAGGUGUUUCUCGACGAACAUAUCAAGGUCUGCUGGAUGCUGAAGAAGGUAGCUGCAAACUAAGAGGUUUGGCUAGUAGUCUUGGAUAGAGUGCAAACUGUAAGCAUCACAGCCUACAACAGAAAGAAUAGAAACACCGUUUUGCCUGGCCAACGCAUAAUACACUCGGUAGUGAAAG